AUGCGUCAACUACCGCUACCUGCAAUCUCAUUGCGGCCAAUAGACACGAAAUUCAAACAAAUCAGUUUGAUAUAUAUAGGUAGUAUGGCUUUACAUGAGGCUUUGAUAGCUUUACAAACGGGUUGUAGCGGCCUAUUAACUUUGAAACAGGAUGAUCCUCAUUUUAAAAAGCGGUUGCCAUCGAUUCCGUAUGUUCAUCAAGGUGAAUUAGAAAUUCUCGAUCGACUAACUCAACUUGGUCGACAUUAUCAUACAAUCGAUGAAUACGUUCAAAAUAUUAUCAAAACGAAAACAAGUGGUUUGUACAUAUUAAGUUUUGCAUUCGAGCUUCGCUCGAUUCUUCAAUCCUAUCUUCAAUGUUUGAGUCAACUGGAACAUGAAUGCCUUCAAAAUACAUCAUUAACUCUUUCGCAUUUAUUAAUUUCCUUAACUGAUUAUACUCUUCUAUUUCCUGCACUAGUUUCAUUGAUCAAUACACUUCAAUCAUCUGGUUAUCGUGGUUGUCAAAUCCUUGAUGUUAUUCGACGUUGUACUCUCGAUGGAAAUACCAUCCUUUCCUCUACAAUGAAGAAACUAUUGUGUGCAGGCCAUCGAAUUCUAAUCAAACAGAUCAUAUCGAUUCUAACGCGUGGACAGGUCUAUGACGAAUAUGGAGAAUUCUUUAUCGGAUCAAAUAACAGCAUUAAUGUCGAGGCAAUGGGAAUGACAACGCCGAGUAUUUCACGAAUGACAUCAGCUGCGGCUAGUCGAUCACACUCACCUGAAAGAGCAAUGAUGCAGACGCCUCAGCCUAAUUCGGCGAUUACACCUGGUUACAAUCAAUAUUUGUUAAUCCCUGAAAUGCUUCCAUCGUAUAUUCCUCUUCCACUUGCAGAUAAGAUUCUCUUCAUUGGUGAAUCGUGGCUUUUGUUGAAAAAAAAUGACGACGAUGACGAUGACAACGAUCGAAACACGAGAAACUCUCUGGGAAUCAAUUCGAUUGAUUAUGAUGAACAAAAUCAUCUUGUUCAGCAACAGUUGCACGCACUGACAUUGGCAGAUGACUUGAAUAUGUUCGAACUCGAACGUAUUAUCGAACGCGCAAGAAUUGACCUAUCAUUAACGUUACGAAAUCUAUUCGUUGAUCGAUUUCAUUUGAUUGACGAACUUGAACAAAUUCGAGGAUUUUACUUGAUCGAACGCGGUGAAUUAUACACAUUAUUUGUCAAUCGUACGAGCCAGCUACUUUUAAAUACGAAAAAAUCGAGUAAUGCAAUUGAGAACGACAUCAAUGAAGUGUUCAAACAAUGCUUGAAUGAUCUACAUUUGGACACUAUCCUAACCAAUUCUGAUAAAUUUAAGUUCAAACUCGAUUUUCCACCGAAUGAACUGGUGAAUCAAGAAAUAAGUGCAGCGCGUCGUUUACUUUAUCGAACUCAAGGGUCGAAUGACAAUUCCAGUAGUCCAUCAGAUUUCUGGUCAUGCGGUUGGGCGAAUUUAUCUAUUCAAUAUAAAGUUAAAUACCCAAUGAAGGCAUUCUUUAGUGAAAAUUGUAAACAACGUUACAAUGAUAUCUUUCAUCUGUUGAUCGUCUUGCGUUAUGUUCAAACCGAACUGAAUAGUCUUUGGCUAGCAUUCAAAAAUCAUCAUCGGAAUUCGCUGGUCUGGCAUCUACGUAAUACAAUGUCAUUUUUCAUCGAUAAUUUCCAAUAUUACAUCCAAAUUGAUGUAUUAGAGUAUAAAUAUCAGCACUUGAUUCGCUCGAUUCAGUCGAGUACUGAUUUUCAACAAAUCAAACAUUUGCAUGAAUUGUUCCUGGCUGAUAUUCAAACGCAUUCGUUUAUGCUCUUGGGAACAGCGUAUCAAUCGAUCAAAAACAUUCUUUCGAUCUGUGCUUCCUUCUGUUUGACGAUUAAACAACAGGAAAAGAAAGAGAAUCUCGAUGAGAAUGUUCUCCGAGGAUUCGGCAAGGACUUCAAUGAUGAAAUUAAACUAUUAUUUGGAAUCUUGGGAAUGGUGCAAAAACAUAAUGCACUACCGCACCUAGGCGUUUUCUUAACAAGAUUGGAUUUUAAUCGCUUUCUGACAAAUAACAAUGGCUCAUUUGGAGAAUUUUAA